ACCAAUACCGCCAUAUACUCGAGAAGCAUGAAAUGCGAGUCGGACAAGAGAUAGCAACAGAUUGUCCACGCAAGAAUGCCCUAUAUCACUACCUUCUUUUUUCAUUCCUCGAGGAAGAGGAUAUUACCCCUUAUUGCAUCCACGUUCUUACUACUAGUUCUAGUUCCUCCUUCGAGGAGGAUUUCCGUCACACCUUUUUCCCUUACCAUGCCCAUGUUCCUGCAUUACACUUAUAGUACUUACUAACUACAGUAGACUACUUUUAUUUACUACUUCUUGCAAACCUAUUUCUUUUCCUUCCUCUCCCUCAAACACAACGUCACAUUCUUGCAAUAUUACCUGCCUUUCUUGCCAGUUCUUGACCCCAACUUACGAAUUCCAACCUUGCCCAUAGUGAAAUACCCACCGAAUCUUCAUCCUACGCAAAAUUAGAAAGACUCCCGCCAUCCCUUUUUUCAAGACCUUUGUCACUUCACCAUCAUACAUAUAUCGA